GCUCCUUUGUGUGCUUCUCGUGCCUUCUUUCACUUUAUAACUCACUCUCACCCCUUCCCUCAUGUGAUUUCUUCUUCCCCUUCUGCACUUCUUCAUCUCCUUCUUCACUCACACAUCAAAAUAACCAAAUUCUCAAAAAUUACCCUCAAAAUAUCAACCACAGCACUAAAUCUUUGAUGAUGCCCCCUCAGCAAGAAACCUCUAUUACAUCAAACAUUCCGGCCAUCCCCAACCGGCCGGAAAACAGCUACGUCCAUGCCGAACCACCGAGCUCCGCCACCAACGACAUUAAACCCACUUUCACGAGCAAUGACAUUCACAACAAUAAUUCUUCUCAGCACCACCAAGCAGCUCCUUCAGCACCCAGAUUUUCUGUUCUUCAGCAAUCCUUGCGCCCUGUUACCCUCAAAUUUGAGGAUGUUUCCUACAGCAUAACCUUUGGAAGGGACAAAAAUGGUUGUGUAUCUUCUCAAAAGCCAAAGCACACAAAGACAGUGCUGAAUGGCGUGACCGGUAUGGUGGGGCCAAGGGAGGUGAUGGCAAUGUUAGGUCCCUCCGGGAGCGGCAAGACCACCUUACUCACCGCCCUUGCUGGCCGUCUUGCCGGAAAACUCUCCGGCGCCAUCACAUACAAUGGCCACCCUUUCUCCAGCUCCAUGAAGAGGAACAUAGGGUUUGUAUCCCAAGAUGACGUGUUAUAUCCUCACCUCACUGUGCUUGAGACUCUAACCUAUGCUGCCAUGUUGAAACUUCCCAAAAGUUUGACUAGGGAAGAUAAAAUGGAGCAAGCUGAAAUGAUCAUUGUGGAACUAGGGCUGUCCCGGUGCCGGAACAGUCCUAUUGGCGGUGGAUCUGCCUUGUUCCGAGGAAUUUCAGGCGGGGAGCGAAAGCGGGUCAGUAUCGGGCAAGAAAUGUUGGUGAACCCGAGUUUGUUGUUGCUCGAUGAGCCAACAUCCGGGUUGGACUCCACCACGGCCCAGCGCAUCGUGGCGAUGCUUCAAAGCUUCGCCCGAGCUGGCCGGACCGUGGUGACCACCAUUCACCAGCCCUCAAGCCGGUUGUAUUGGAUGUUUGAUAAGGUGGUGGUGUUGUCGGACGGGUAUCCGAUUUUCACCGGAAAAACGGAUCGGGUCAUGGAUUAUCUUGAGACCGUUGGGUUUGUACCCGCUUUCAAUUUCGUCAACCCGGCUGAUUUUCUGCUUGACCUUGCUAAUGGCAUAGUUGCUGAUGUCAAACAAGAAGAGCAGAUAGAUCACCAUGAGGAUCAAGCUUCAAUCAAACAGUUCCUAGUUUCAUCCUAUAAGAAGAACUUAUACCCUCUUCUGAAACAAGAGAUUCAACAGAAUCAUAGAGAACUAGCAUUUUUAAAUUCAGGAACACCUAGAAGUUCUGAGAACCAAUGGACCACUAGCUGGUGGGAGCAAUUCAUGGUUCUGCUUAAGAGGGGUUUAAAGGAAAGGAGGCAUGAAUCUUAUUCUGGUUUAAGGAUUUUCCAAGUCUUGUCUGUCUCAAUUCUCUCAGGACUUCUGUGGUGGCAUUCUGAUCCCUCACAUAUACAAGAUCAGGUAGGCCUGCUAUUCUUCUUCUCCAUCUUCUGGGGGUUCUUCCCUCUCUUCAAUGCCAUCUUCGCUUUUCCUUUGGACCGGCCAAUGCUGACGAAAGAAAGAUCAUCAGGCAUGUACCAUCUCUCCUCCUACUAUGUGGCCAGAACGGUAGGGGACUUACCAAUGGAGCUUGUGCUUCCCACCAUCUUUGUAACCAUCUCUUAUUGGAUGGGUGGACUCAAGCCUUCUUUGGUUACGUUUGUGUUGACACUCUUGAUCAUGCUUUUCAAUGUGCUGGUUUCUCAAGGAAUAGGCCUUGCACUUGGAGCCCUUCUAAUGGAUGUGAAACAGGCCACAACAUUAGCUUCAGUGACUAUGUUGGUGUUUCUUUUGGCUGGAGGUUACUACAUUCAGCAAAUUCCAUUCUUUAUAGCUUGGUUGAAGUACAUUUCUUUCAGUCACUAUUGUUAUAAGCUUCUUGUAGGAGUUCAGUACUCAGUAAAUGAGGUCUAUGAGUGUGGACAAGGGUUGUUGCAUUGUAAGAGUUGUGGCUUAUUUAGCUUUGAGGAUGGGGCUGCAUCAUUGACUAGAGACUGCAUAGUAGAUCAAGGAUUCAUGGCCAUAAUAUUGAUUGACAUCCUUGUUGUUUGGAUCAUUGGCCUCAGUAGAAGGGUAAUUCGAUUCUAGCAACAAGGGGAAUAUCUUAUAAUCCUUGUGAUUAAUUGAUAUGAAAUGAUGCAAUUAAAAUUUGCAUAGUUGUAGUUCAUAUUUUUCAUGUAACUUUCACUGUAAUUUCAAAUGCGACAUAUUUGAAUCCCUGAGAUUAAUAGAUAUGAAAUGAAUGAAGCAAUUAAGACUUAUGCAGCUAUAGUCCAU